AUGGCUGGAAACGCCUCGGCUGUUGUUGGCGACAUGAACUUGGCCGCCGACCUUUCAUCCCCCGGUCACUAUGACGGUCCCGCCACACUUGCCACUCUGCCUACCGAGCUCGUCCUCAAGGCCAUGGAGUCGAUGACUCCCAAGGACCUAUCGAACUUCGCCGUGGCGAAUAAAAGACUGUUCGUUCUGCGCCUCCCGGAGCUUGAAACGAUGCUAUUCUUUUACACGGCAAACGACUUGGACUUCCUCCCGCGGCGGAUGCUCCACGCCCGUACAAUCGUCUUCAACCCCGAGCGAGAGAACGGAUCCAAGAUCAACUUUCUCCACACCAGCGUGGCCUUCAACGAUGGCAAGCUCAUCUGCCCAGAGAGGUUCGAGUUCGGCAUGGCAGACAUCCUCGCUUUGUGGAAGCUGGUAAAGGUCAUUGACUGGUGGGUCGAUAUAUACCCCAGUCUCCGCUGGAGAGACCAUCCAGAAGAUCGGCGGUGCCUUCGAGCGAGCGAAGAAGCGCGCCUCCGCAAGGCAGUUGCCCGUUGGUGGCUUUUCUCGCACUACUUCCAUGGCAUUCAUUGGCGUGACUGUAAUGCUCCGAAGAAGUGGCAAGAUGACCACAGACUACACCAUCUGCGUAUACUGCCCACUCAUGAGAUAUGUGAGCUCGAGGAUCUUUGGGGUGUGAUGUAUGACACUACCAGUAAAGACCUCUGCUCGUCGCCUGAGCGAGUCCGAGACGGAAACUGGUCCGGCGUCGAGCUCGUCCCGUGGGGAUUAGAUGAAGGACGCCACAGCGACAUCGUCAACACGUACCUCAAGCUCGAUCCUGAACAGCUGCAGUAUUUCCUCCGACUCUACCAUCGUCGCAAGAAGACAGACAUCAUUCGAGCCGUGUCGAGCAGCGUGCGCAAGUUUACGCUAGAUCGAGAAACGCUCUCACUCUCGAUCAGCACGGUGCUCCAGGAACGUAUGAUGCUCAAGCCGCAUGGAAUCUACGACAUUCCCCGCAUUGGCAUCAUCGAUGAUGACAGAGUCAGCGACAAGGAGUGCGAGCUCUGGACAGGCGACGCUUCGUCCAACGGGAAGGCUCCGCUUACCCAGCAGCAGAUCAGUGCGUUCCCAGCCGAGGUCACCAAGAGAAUGGCGUAUGGAGACGAUGGCAGCGAGACAACGAGGCCGUUCUAG